AUAUGUAUGUUUAAAUGCAAAGUGAAUCAUAGCUGGAAUAUUAUUAUCUAAUUUACCACAAUUGAAUCGAUUAAUUCAUCUUCAAGUUGGAUGUAGUCCAUUCAUUGAUGCAAAUAUUGCUGUCUAUCAAUUACAAAAAUUAAUUGAUCAAUCACCUUAUCUUUAUUCAUUAGAAAUAUUGACUUGGUUUCCACGUGAUAUUCAAGAAGCACCAUUAAAUCUGCUUAGUCAUUCAAUUCGAUCACUCAAUUUUCAAAAUGUAUCUUGUGAUACCAAUAGAAAUAAUAUUUCUUGGUUCAAUGAUCAUAAAUGUAUUCUUUUAAUUAAUUCAUCAUUAGGAAUUCAAUGUGAAUUUCUUUCUUUAAUUGUCAAAGAACGAACAAAUAUUAUUGAUCUUGUCAAUGGAUUACCGAACCUUCGUACAUUAAAAGUUCAUUCUAAAGAUGAUCAAUGCGAAUAUCAUUCAGAUAAACCAUCGGUCAAAGAUGAAUUGAUUCUAUGGUUACAAGCUCGUUUAUCAUGUCUUAUCAAUAGAGAUCCGAGAUUUAUGAAAUUUAUUCGUCUAUGGAUUCGUUAA